UCCGUACGAGGAGGAGUUCGAUUAUCGAUAUCACCACUCAUACGAUAAAAAAACCUCAUCGAAAUGUUUGAUCGAUUUCAAAGAUCCUUCUUCUCUAUGGUUUUUUUCAUACACACACAAUUAUUAUUAUUUUUUAACCAUUGUAAUUGAGUAUUUACUCUGUUUUUUUUUUCUUCUUUAUUCUUAUAAUUUAGCCGCGUGCAUGCAUAAUAUAUGCCGUAUAUUAUUAUCGUUUGACGUUCGAUUUGUUGUAUUUGUUUUUUUACCAAAAAAGAAAAGAAGAGAGAAAGAGUGAGAGAUAGAGAGAAACAAACUAAGAAUGUCACAAUUAUUUAGUAUUAUUAUUAUAUCCCAUAAUCAUUGUUGUUCUGUUGUUCCUGUCACGUGUGUGUUACCUUGUUGAUAGAUUUUUUUUUCUUUUUUUCAUCAAGGACAAAUAUUACGUUAGAAGACUAAUUCGAAAGUUUUAUCAAAAGUUCAAGAUAAAAUCGAGAAGAAAUCAUCUUUCAACUAAUAAUAAUAAUAUUAAUAAUAAUGUUACCAGUAAUGUGUGUGUAUGUAAAAUCCAACCAAUUAAAUAGAGAAGAAAUUAAAUUCAUAUGUAUAUAUAUCGCGCGCGCCGAUGGGGUUUUAUUAUAAGUUAAACGUAAUUAAAAGUAAUUAACAAGGCGUCGUUAAAAAACCUAUUUUUAUUGUCAUUGUCAUUUGUAAAUUCUGCUUAUCCAAAGAUUGUAAAUUAUUAUCGUGAGUGGAACCUAAAAAGGGUUUAGAAGAAGAAAGAAAGAAAAAAGAUUUACAAACUACUAGUUUUAAUCUGUUUUUAAGAGAAACAGAAAGGGAAAGAUUACUAUAUCUUGUAUAUACAUAUAUUUCACGCGCGCUUUACACGCGUGAGGACGUGAUAUUUCUUAUAUUUACUUUGUCAAACUUAAUCUUGGAAUAGUAAUCGUAAUUCAUUGAUAUUAAGGCUAAUAAUACGUACUUUGACAUUUUACAUUGAACGCGUAUUAUCUGUCACUACUGCUAGUUGUGGGUAUAUUUUUUCUAAAUUAUUAUUAUUAUUAAAAAAAAAAAUAAACAAAUAAAACGACGACUAUAGAAUGAAUUGGAGGAAUGGGGUGGUGGUUGUAAAAACGAUGAAAAUGUAAAAGUAUCGGAUAACGAAUUUAAGAUGUUACAACGAGUUAAUCAACGAUUGAACGAGGAGCAGAACAUUUUCGAUGACACGAGGUACAUAGAAGAUGAGGAUUUAAAUCAUCACUCAAAUUCCGAAGAUGACUCGCAAAGUAUGCAAAAUAAUGGUGUGAGAAGACGUCGUGGUAAUUUACCAAAAAACGCUGUAAAAAUUUUGAAAAAAUGGUUAUAUGAACACCGGUAUGCCGCAUAUCCGGACGAAAUUGAAAAAACACGUCUCAGCAUUGCAACGGGUUUAACCCAGUUACAGGUAUGUAACUGGUUCAUCAACGCGAGAAGGCGUUUAUUACCUGAAUGGAUUCGGGAUGAUGGUAGGGAUCCCGAAAGCUACACGAUUUCUAGAGGUAAAAAUGCGAAUAAUAAGCAAACUGCUGAAAGCAUUAGAAGAAAUUAUCUAAAUGGCAAACACCGUUAUGAAUCAAAAAAAAAUUAUACUAAUAAUAAAAGAAAAAACUAUAAAUACAAUACAUCUAACACACCUAACCAAGAUAAUGAUGGACCCAGCACAUCUGAGAUUAGUUUUGAUGAUAAACCUAGCACAUCUGCUAUUGUUGGUUAUGGUGGACCUAACUUAAUUUCCAGGACAGAUUUUAAUCAUAACCAAAUAAGUAUAAUGGACACAAGUAGGAUUAAUUAUGGAAGCGAAGAGGAUAGUUUUCAUGAAUCUGGCAGUAGUUCGCAUAGCGAAGAGGAACGAACUGUUAAUAAUUGUCAAAGUGUCAUUGUAUAUCCUCGGUCACAAAUGGUGCAAGAAGUUUUUGUACCGGAUUACAACUCCCAACUACACCCAGCACAACGGGGAUCAACGGGAUACACUUGGAAUGCACCAAGACAACACUUAACGUCAACACCUGAUGUCCAAAACGAGACAGAAAUAUACAGUGAUGUAUAUGACUAUGAUAAUUUUACCAAUACUGAUUAUCUACCUAAUACUGAUCAUCCAAGGUUUCAUAAUAAUCGUCGAGAAAGUCUUUUUAAAUUAAUUUCACCAUAUCAUUUCCGCAACAUUGAUCACGAAGAAUUGCUAAAAAUAGUCAGGGAGCUUAACAAUCGUGUCAAUUUUCCAGAACAAUAUGCCUAUAUGAAUAUAGAAAAUGAACUGGAAUUAAUAUUUAGAUAUGAACAAAUAAUGAGAUCAACAGGAAUACCAAAGGAAUAUCUUAUACGUAUACAACGAGACUAUGAACAAUUAAGAGAAAUCAACCUUAGACGGUUCUCAAAUUAUAAUCUUCUCAUACUUGUCGAAGUAGCAGUAAGAAUAAAAAAAGCCGAAGAAGAAAUAGAAAAGAAACGUGCUGCUGCUGAUGAUGCUGCUGCUGCUGCUGCUGCUGCUGCCGCUACUACUGGGGCAGAAACAUUUGAAAAUUUUAUGAAUGAUUCUGAGACAACAGAAGAAUCAUUAAAAGAAGAAUAAUGCGGGAUAAAGCUUAUGUGUGUUCUGUGUAUUAAUUGAAGAAUCUAACACAUACACACAUAUGUAUGUUUUUGAAAUUUAUUUUUCUCAUCUWAAAAACCGACCAUGAAAAACGUACAAUAUAAAAUUGACUUGUUAAAUCGACAAAAAAAAA